AUGCUGCUCUCCUCUCCUGCUCCUCCUCCAGCUGCUCCUAAUUCUGCUCCUCCUCGAACGGCUCCUCCUCCUCCCGCGGCUGCUCCUCUGGCUGCUCCUCAUUCUGCUCCUCCUCCUCCCGCGACUCCUCCUCACUCCGCUCCUCCUCCCGCGGCUCCUCCUCAUGCUGCUCCUCAUUCUGAUCCUCCUCAUGCUGCUCCUCCUCCGGCUGCUCCUCAUGCUGCUCCUCCUCCAACGGCUCCUCCUCAUGCUGCUCUCAUUCUGCUCCUCUUCCUCCGCGGCCCCUCCUCAUGCUGCUCCUCCUCCGGCUGCUCCUCAUUCUGCUCCUCCUCCCGCGGCUCCUCCUCAUGCUGCUCCUCUCCCACGGAUCCUCCUCCGGCUGCUCCUCAUUCUGCUCCUCCUCAUGCUGCUCCUCCUCCGGCUGCUCCUAAUUCUGCUCCUCCUCGAGCGGCUCCUCCUCAUGCUGCUCCUCCUCAUGCUGCUCCUCCUCCAGCUGCUCCUAAUUCUGCUCCUCCUCGAGCGGCUCCUCCUCAUGCUGCUCCUCCUCAUGCUGCUCCUCCUCCGGCUGCUCCUCAUUCUGCUCCUCCUCCCGCGGCUCCUCCUCAUGCUGCUCCUCCUUCUGCUCCUCCUCCUGCAGCUCCUCCUCAUGCUGCUCCUCCUCCGGCUGCUCCUCCUCCUGCUCCUCCUCCUGCGGCUGCUCCUCAUUCUGCUCCUCUUCCUCCCGCGGCCGGAUGA